AUGGACCCUUAAUUAAAUGCAUAAUAUGAUUUAAAAAGAAAAGACUUACAUGAUUUUAUGUAAGAGUGUUGUUAAUAUUGUAUUUCAGAGUAUAAAAGAGGUCAAGAGGAUGUUAUUAAACUCAUGUUGAAAUAUGCAUAACAAGUAUGAAAAUUAUUUAAAAAAAUAGGAAAAUAAUGCCGAUUUAAGAAAAAUUAACACGGGUGAUUUACUCAAUUAUUUAAUUGAGAGAAGAGAUUAAUUAAUGUCUAAUGGUAAUUAUCCACAAUAAAUGGAGAAUUUACCUACUCAUAAUGCUAGCAAAAGAACUUUAAUUUAAACAUCAUAAAAUGAACCUCAAAAGUUUAUAGUCAUUAAUCAUGAAAGGUUGUAACGAAUAUUUGAAGAAUUAAAUUGA